AUGGCACCCUUCACCAACAUCCCGCUCUCUCCCGCUGAGCUCUCCUACCUGCACACAUCUCUCUUACAAAAUCCACCCAUACGACCCGAUGGCCGAUCACCGACCGACUUCCGACCGCUUGUCGCCGAGACAGACAUCCUCCCUUCCACGAAUGGCAGCGCAAGAGUAUGUUUCGCAGAUGGCACAGAAGCCAUUGUGGGCGUGAAGGCGGAAGUGGAAAAGAGUGUGAAGAGAGGAGGCACGCUAGACGGCGAGAAGGAGGAUGCGCUGAACGAUGUCGAUAUGGAUGAUGAGGAUGAAGGGAGGAGUCAAGGCAAAGGUCAACACUCAUGGCUUGAAAUUAAUAUCGAAAUACCCGGCAUGCGAGACGACGAUGCUCUACCUGUAUUUCUCGCGGCCAUGUUGACGGAAGCGUUGCUCGCGGACGGGAGCGUCAAAGAUCGGUUAUGGAUCAACUCGAGAUUCCACUGGAGACUCUACAUUGACAUCCUUCUCCUCUCCCCACCGCUAUCCUACCCUCUCCCUCUCCUCUCCCUCACGACCCACCUCGCCCUCAUCUCCACCCGCCUCCCCUCCCUCAUCUCCGAACGUGACGAAGACCCCCUCUUCAACGACGACUGGGAAGCUUCCACCCACCUCUUCCCUCCCACCUCUCCCUCAAAACCACCCGUAACCCUCCUCGUCAUGACCGUCGGCUCCAACAUCUUCUUCGACCCUUCGAGUUCCGAACUCGCUGUUGCGGAAGGCGUGCUAGCAGUGUCGGUAUCCGGCUCCUCGGAAGAAGGAGGAAAGGAUGGAAAGUUGAAUCUUGUGGCGUUGAGAAUGGUUGAUCCUCCGAGCAGGUUGACGGCGGCGGGUGUACCCAAUGGAGCAAAUUCGACGGAAGGUGGGUUUUCGGCGAAGCAGGCGUUGGAAUUGCGGGAGAGGGAUGCAGGGGUUACGGUUUGGAGACCGCCGAGGGGUGGAGUGGGGAGAGGAGUCGUGAGGGAGGUCGUGGAGAUGGUGGUUGGGAAGGGUGGGGUUGGACGUGAAGUGCUGAAGGGGUUGGAGGGUGUGGAGGUCUGA